GGCAUACGUCCGCUCCCACCCAGACAGAAAAUGCACACCUGCACUCAUCGAUGUGCCCAUGUAUGUCCAUUGGCAUCAUGUUCGCACGAAUGACGUAUGCAAUUGGACGCAGGUGUAUGACAUGGAAUAUUGACCAAACAAAGAGGACAGAUCUCCUCGCUCAUGUCAACAGCGUCGUCUAGGUAGGCAUGAGUGUGUGGUCGUUCCCCAUCUGUGCAUCUCUGUCCCCCGCGCCGCAACCCCAAAGCCACAACACGGUUUCUGUGCUGCUGCUGUAGAGUUGCAGGCUGACGGACUAGCAGCACAGAGUGGAAAGCCACACGCAGGAAAGACCGACGCACCUCUUAGGAACGCAAUCGAGCCAACAGAAAAAACACCGAGAAAGGUCACGUCAACCCUCCGUCUUAGCACUAGUGGCUCUGCGUGUGUCGUCCUUCGUCUGUGCGUCGGCCUUGUGUGACGGAUGCUUCAACGAGAGAUGAAGAGCGCUCUCGUGAGCAGCCCUCGCACAAGCCGAAAGAUAGACGGCGAACGAAUCCGACUGGAGCACACGACAGGCCAAAAGGAGAUACAUGUGUGUAUGUACGUGUGUAUGCAUAGCAACCAGCCAGUGAGUGGCAUCACUGUCUUCAUUGUCAUUCUGCCUCGGCCCCCCCCACUCAUCGGCUGACACACCGUGCUCAGCGAGCAGCUGAAAAGUAGACAGCGGAGGAGUCAUGACAACGGAGUCAGUCAGCAAGUGAUUGACACAAAACCAUGCAAUACACACAAUGACUGGUAUUAGUGACGUACCCUUUUACCGACACCCUCCCCAGGCAGCCUGUGCUACUCACGAGCGAUGGCAAAAGCAGCCAUCCACACAUACAUGUCCAGCAGAGAGGGGGAGCCAAUGGGCAGGCAGACAGAAAAACAGCCAGCCAGACUGGACCUCUAUCGGCGUCCUGCAGGGCACGCGAAAAACUCACACAGCCACCCACACAGACACACACUAUGUGUGCGAUGACCUGCUACCACGGGCCGAAAAAACACAAGGCGGGAAAACCCCGGGCGCACACACACUCAGUGACCUGCUGUCACACAUGAUUCAGAGAAAAAAGGGCGGAAGUUCCCAAGCCCACACAUACGAACUUACGUAUAUAAAUACAUGCAUCGAUCCAUCGAUCAAACACCCACACCCACGCAGCGUCGUUCUGGUCGCUCAUGGCUGCUCCAGCUGCUCUUGUUCCCAGUAGGUCUCGUCGCCGCCACACGUCCGGUAGGAGUAGUGCACACCGGAGUCGGGGAAGUAGUUGCUCUCGCUCGCGUCAUCCACCCCAUCACAAUCCUCAGGGUCCACAUAGCACCACAUCUCCCCGCACCACUCGGGCGCAUCGGCCAGCGGCGCCCCACUCUCGUCGCCACACGAUGGCGGGAGUGUCAUCUCGUGUGCCUUGCAUCCGUCAGCUCCAUAUGUGGUGGGGUAAGUGGAGUUGUCGCAUGCCUCACACGCCAGGAGGCCCUCGGCAGUGAUGAAGUCUGCGAGGCCCUCGGUGACAGCUGUUGCAUCCAAACAUGGGCAGGAGGAUAGACCGGCGCCUGCUGCUGCCUCUGAGUCUGCCGCGGAGAUGUUGUUGUCGACCUGCAGGUGACGACGAGCCAGAUGAGUGGACGCCAGGCAGAGGGCGGUAAAGCACAGAAGGGAAGGGAGGGAGAUCUGCAUCUCGACAGCCUGAGCAGCAGUACACAUGCCACGAAGGAGGUGCAGUUACAGAUAAGUGUGUCCAGCGCAUGAAUUGCGUGUGUGUGAAGGUCCCUUACUUCUCAAAGGAGGAAUCCACUCUCCACGGCCAAGCUCG